AUGUAUUCUCCAGGAAUGGAUGUUUUGCAUGAUUUGUCUUGUGAAGAAAACGAAAGGAUUGCAGGUUCAGCCAGUGACUGUCUUCUUCUUUUUCUUUUCCACUUGAACAAAGAAGAAUUAAGGGUGGCAGUAAUUCUCCGGUUGACUAUUAAAAUCCAAGAAGAAGUUAAUUAUUUGAACAAUUUAGGGCGUAUUCGUAUCAUUGGUCGUCUUCUGCAUUUGUUUCCAUGCCUUGUUUCACGAUUUUUUCAACAAAAUACAGAUGUUCUUCACUACUUAGCAAGUGGUAUGGUUUAUCCAUCUGAUGAAGUGAGAAUGUCUAUUACAUAUGUCUUCCUACAAAUUUACUCGACUAAUGAAAAGAAUACGAAUGCUAUGAAUAUUAUAGAUAUUGUAGUUUCGAAAGGUAUCUUAUGCCUGUUAAAGACAUGUUUAAUGAAAGAUUUAAUGAAAAAUAUUCUAGGUAAGACUCAUACAUAUUAUAAUGACUAAAAUACAUGCAUCAUUAGACCACGUGUAAUUAAAUAGUGAUGUUUUUUCAAUUCAUUUAAUUGAUACUACACAUAUAGCUGCAUUUUAUGUUCAUUAAGCUUAUACUAUAUAUAUAUAGCUGUAUUUCAAUUCAUUAGAAUAGUACUAGAGAUAUAGCUGCGUUUUUAGCUCAUUAAAUUCC